CCGGGCGGAAGUGGCGGCGGCCAUGGCGGCGGCGGCGGGCGCGGGUCCCGCGGUGCCGCGGGCGCAGACGAAGACGAAGCAGAAGCAGAAGCGGUUCGUACCGCAGCGGCUGAAGGUGCCCCGAGCGGCAGAUCCGCUGCUCGCAGUGCUCGGCUGGGGCGUCACACACCAGAUUAACGAGCUCAGCCAGGUCCCGCUGCCCGUUAUGCUCCUUCCCGAUGACUUCAAAGCCAACUCCAAGAUCAAAGUCAACAACCACCUCUUCAACCGGGAGAACCUUCCCAACCACUUCAAGUUCAAGGAAUACUGUCCUCAAGUCUUCCGCAACCUCCGCGAGCGCUUUGGCGUCGACGACCAGGACUACCAGGUGUCUUUAACGCGGAGUCCCCCCCAGUGGGAACCCAACGGGCGGCGCUUCCUCCUCUCCUCCGACCGAACGCUGGUGGUGAAGGAGCUUUCGAGCGAGGACGUGGCCGACGUUCACGGUUUGCUUUCCCAUUAUCACCAGUACGUGGUGCAAUGUCACGGCAGUACGUUGCUGCCGCGAUUCCUCGGCAUGUACCGCCUCAGCGUGGAGAGCGAGGACACCUACCUGCUCGUCAUGAGGAACCUCUUCAGCCACCGCCUGCCCGUCCAUCGCAAGUACGACCUCAAGGGCUCUUUGGUGUCGCGAGAGGCGAGUGACAAAGAGAAGGGCAAAGAUCUCCCCACUUUGAAGGACGUGGAUUUCCUCACCAGAGCGGAGAAGGUUUACGUCGAUCCCGAAGACCAAAGGGACUUCAUGGAGAAACUCAAACGCGACGUUGAGUUCUUGGUGCAGUUGAAGAUGAUGGAUUAUAGUCUUCUUCUGGGGAUCCACGAAGUGGAUCGAGCGGAAGAGGAAGAGGAAAUAGAGGAAGAGGAAAUAGGGGGGGGGGAAGAAGGGGGGUUUUCAGUCUUGGGGGGUACUUUUGGGACCCCCCCGGAAGGAAUCGGUUCUUCCUUUAAUUCCCAUCGCCUCCUCGGACGCGGCGAUUUCGACCCUUGCGUUGACGUCUACGCUUUGCGAUGCGCCGAAAGUGCCCCCCGGAAAGAGGUGUAUUUUAUGGGGCUCAUUGAUGUCCUCACGCAAUACGACGCUCGGAAGAAGGCGGCGCACGCGGCCAAGACGGUCAAACAUGGGGCCGGAGCGGAGAUCUCUACAGUUCAUCCCGAACAAUACGCAAAGCGCUUCCUCGACUUCAUCACCAACAUCUUUGCCUGAGGGGGGGGCGUAGGGGCCCCCCCGGACCAAAGUUGGGGGGGACCCCCCCC